AUGUCACAAUGUCCAUCAAAACAUAAUAUUAGUAUAAGUAAAGUAUAUGCAGAUGUGUUAAAAAGUGUUCCAGAAGAAGAAUGGAAUUACGAGAAAGUAAGUAUUGAUUGGGGAUCUCCACAACCGUAUCAAAUAGUGUCAAGGAUUGGAAGAGGAAGAUAUAGUAGUGUAUUUAAAGGAGUUAUGACAGAAGGGUUAUAUCCGUGUGCUAUUAAAUGUCUUAGAUCAAUCAAAGAAGACAGAUUUAAAAGAGAAAUAUUAGUGUUAGAACGAUUAAUUAAUGGGCCAAAUAUAAUUCGAUUAUAUGACUGUGUAAAAGAAGAGGUAACAGGAACCCCAUCAUUAGUAAUGGAAUACAUUCAAAAUACAGAAUUUAAAUUAUUUUAUAAAAAUUUUACACUUAAAGAUACUCAAUAUUAUUUAUAUGAAUUACUUAAAGCGUUACAAUAUGCACAUUCAAAAGGGGUUAUGCAUAGAGAUAUUAAACCAGAUAAUAUUUGUUAUGAUUUAAAUACAAAAAAAUUAAGAAUUAUUGAUUGGGGGUUGGCUGAAUUUUAUCAUCCAGGAAAAGAGUAUAAUGUACGAGUUGCAUCAAGAUAUUAUAAAUCACCAGAAUUAUUAUUAAACAUGCAACAAUAUGAUUAUUCAUUAGAUAUGUGGGGAUUUGGAUGUAUAUUAGGUUCAUUGAUAUUUAAAAAAGAACCAAUUUUUGAAGGUAGAGAUCUUGAUGAUCAAUUACUUCAAAUAGUCCAAUUGUAUGGAACUAACGACUUAAAUAAUUAUAUCAAUAAAUAUAAUUGUAAAGUAGAUUCUUCUCUUCUAUUUACACUUCAAAAUUAUUCUAAAUCUUCAUUUUCAAAGUUUAUUAAUGAAAAUAAUAAAAAUUUUUGUACUGUAGAGGCAUUAGACUUAUUAGAAAAAGUAUUGGUUUUUGAUCAUCAAAAAAGGCUUUCAGCAGAUGAAGCAAUAAACCAUCCAUUUUUUGAAUCAAUUAAGAAAUAA